GAGCCGCUGCCCCCGCUCCCUGAAGAUGGGGGAACAAUGAAAUAAGCGAGAAGAUUCCUCUUCUCCCCCCUCUCUCUUGCCCCCUCCCCCCUCCCCUCCCCUCUCCCCUUGACUCCUCUCCGAGGCACCAUGCUGACCCGCCUGUUCAGCGAGCCCGGUCUCCUCUCGGACGUGCCCAAGUUCGCAGGCUGGGGCGACGGCGACGACGACGAGCCGAGGAGCGACAAGGGCGACGCGCCGCCGCCGCCUCCGCCCGGCCCGGGGGCUCCAGGGCCCGCCCGGGCUGCCAAGCCAGUCCCUCUCCGCGCGGACGACGUGCCGGAGGCAGCGCUGGCAGAGGUCAAGGAGGAAGGCGAGCUGGGGGGCGAGGAGGAGGAGGAAGAGGAGGAGGAGGAAGGGCUGGACGAAGCCGAGGGCGAGCGGCCCAAGAAGCGCGGGCCCAAGAAGCGCAAGAUGACCAAGGCGCGCUUGGAGCGCUCCAAGCUGCGGCGGCAGAAGGCGAACGCGCGGGAGCGCAACCGCAUGCACGACCUGAACGCGGCGCUGGACAACCUGCGGAAGGUGGUGCCCUGCUACUCCAAGACCCAGAAGCUGUCCAAGAUCGAGACGCUGCGCCUGGCCAAGAACUACAUUUGGGCGCUCUCCGAGAUCCUGCGCUCGGGCAAGCGGCCCGACCUGGUGUCCUACGUGCAGACGCUGUGCAAGGGCCUGUCGCAGCCCACUACCAACCUGGUGGCCGGCUGCCUGCAGCUCAACUCACGCAACUUCCUCACCGAGCAGGGAGCCGACGGCACCGGCCGCUUCCACGGCUCGGGCGGUCCGUUCGCCAUGCACCCCUACCCGUACCCGUGCUCGCGCCUGGCGGGCGCCCAGUGCCAGGCGGCUGGAGGCCUGGGCGGCGGCGCGGCGCACGCCCUGCGGACCCACGGCUACUGCGCCGCCUACGAGACGCUGUACGCGGCGGCGGGAGGCGGCGGUGCCAGCCCGGACUACAACAGCUCCGAGUACGAGGGCCCGCUCAGCCCCCCGCUCUGCCUCAAUGGCAACUUCUCGCUCAAGCAGGACUCGUCGCCAGACCACGAGAAGAGCUACCACUACUCUAUGCACUACUCGGCGCUACCCGGCUCAAGGCCCGCGGGCCACGGGCUGGUCUUCGGCUCCUCGGCGGUGCGCGGGGGCGUCCACUCGGAGAAUCUCUUGUCUUACGAUAUGCACCUUCACCACGACCGGGGCCCCAUGUACGAGGAGCUCAAUGCGUUUUUCCAUAACUGAGACCUCGCGCCUGCCCCCUUCUUUUUCUUUCGCCUUUGCCCGCACUCCUGCCCUCAGCCCCCUCCCCCAGCGCAGGGGCGCCCUCACCUACCCGCGCGCGGGGCGCGGGACGCGGGGCGCGGGGUGCCGGGCCUGCUGCUCUCUUGGCCAGUGCGGGCUUCUUACCUGUGGGUGGCCCAUCCCGGGGGGCCUCAUUUCCCCCAGGGGCCUCGCCUUCUUUCUCCCCAAGGAAUUCCCCUCCCUUUCCCUGGGAGGACAUCUCCAGGCACCCCACUUGGGGCACUCCCCGGAGACCCGCCCCUUCCCACUUUCCUUACACUUACUUGGGUUUCCUCUGCCCCUUCUCUCCUCUUCAUCCUCCCCUCCACCUUGCAGGCCCAAAGGCACUGGUUAGCGUGCAGCUGAGCUGUGGGAUACUGUUUUCCCCUCUCGUUGUUGUUGUUAUUAUUAUUAUUGUAAUUAUUGAAACAGACACCGAGCUGCCGAGGCUAAAAGAGCUGGGCACCCCCUCUUCCUUGAAGAGGGCAGAAGUCGGGGCUCCGGAGCCAGGACCGCCCUCACUCCCAACCCCUAGUCUCAGUUUUCUGGUUUUAACUUUGGCGGGAGGGAAUAUGGAGUGACAGGAAAGAGAGAGGCCAAGAUCAUUUGUAACUAGAAUCCGUUUUUCCCCUUUUCUUUUCUUUUUUUUUUUAAACAAGCAAACAUA